GACUGCGCCCGUGGGCUCUGCUGGGGAAAAGCCGAUUCAGUUGGAUCGAGGGGGGAGUAGGGGGCGGUGGGGCAAGAUGGCGGCGCACCUAUCCUAUGGGCGAGUUAACCUGAACGUGCUGCGCGAGGCGGUGCGUCGCGAGCUGCGAGAGUUCCUGGACAAGUGCGCGGGAAGCAAGGCAAUAGUUUGGGAUGAGUACCUCACAGGACCAUUUGGCCUGAUUGCACAGUACUCAUUACUGAAGGAACAUGAAGUGGAAAAAAUGUUCACACUUAAAGGAAGUCGUUUGCCAGCAGCUGAUGUCAAGAACAUUAUUUUUUUUGUCAGACCCAGGCUAGAAUUGAUGGAUAUAAUUGCUGAAAAUGUGCUCAGUGAAGACAGACGUGGCCCAGCCAGAGAUUUCCACAUUUUGUUUGUACCACGACGUAGCUUAUUGUGUGAACAGCGGUUAAAGGAUCUGGGUGUCUUGGGAUCCUUCAUUCAUAGGGAGGAGUACAGCCUAGAUCUCAUUCCAUUUGAUGGGGAUCUCUUAUCCAUGGAGUCAGAGAGUGCAUUCAAAGAAUGCUACCUGGAGAGCGACCAGACCAGCCUAUACCACGCUGCCAAGGGCCUGAUGACACUGCAAGCUCUGUACGGGACGAUCCCCCAGAUCUUCGGGAAAGGAGAGUGCGCCCGGCAAGUGGCCAAUAUGAUGAUUCGAAUGAAGAGAGAGUUUACAGGAAGCCAAAAUUCAAUAUUUCCUGUUUUUGAUAAUCUCCUGUUGCUUGAUCGGAAUGUGGAUUUAUUAACGCCUCUUGCCACUCAGCUUACAUACGAAGGACUCAUUGAUGAGAUUUAUGGCAUUCAGAACAGUUUCGUGAAAUUACCUCCGGAGAAAUUUGCACCUAAGAAACAGGGUGAUAGUGGGAAGGAUCUUCCCACGGAAGCAAAGAAGCUUCAGCUGAAUUCUGCGGAGGAGCUGUAUGCUGAGAUCCGAGAUAAAAACUUCAAUGCAGUAGGCUCCGUGCUGAGCAAGAAAGCAAAGGUGAUCUCUGCAGCGUUUGAGGAAAGGCACAACGCCAAGACAGUUGGGGAGAUCAAGCAGUUCGUUUCACAGCUGCCCCACAUGCAGGCAGCAAGAGGCUCACUCGCAAACCAUACCUCGAUUGCAGAGCUAAUCAAAGAUGUUACUACUUCUGAAGACUUCUUUGAUAAAUUAACAGUGGAGCAGGAGUUUAUGUCUGGAAUAGACACUGAUAAGGUCAACAGUUACAUUGAGGAUUGUAUUGCCCAGAAACAUCCACUGAUCAAGGUGUUAAGACUGGUUUGCCUCCAAUCCGUGUGCAAUAGUGGACUCAAACAAAAGGUUUUGGAUUAUUACAAAAGAGAAAUUCUGCAGACCUAUGGCUUUGAGCACAUACUGACCUUACACAACCUGGAGAAGGCUGGCCUGCUGAAACCACAGACAGGGGGCAGAAAUAAUUACCCGACCAUUCGGAAGACAUUACGCCUCUGGAUGGAUGAUGUAAACGAACAAGCCUUUCCCCUUUAUUUAAUAGAAUCCCACGGACAUAUCGUAUGUGUACAGUGGCUAUGCCCCUCUCAGUGUGCGGCUGGCCCAGCUGCUUUCCCGGCCCGGCUGGCGGAGUAUCGAGGAAGUUCUCCGCAUCCUCCCAGGGCCCCACUUUGAGGAACGGCAGCCAUUGCCCACAGGACUGCAAAAGAAACGUCAACCAGGAGAAAACCGAAUCACUCUGAUAUUUUUCCUCGGGGGUGUAACCUUUGCUGAAAUUGCUGCCCUGCGAUUUCUUUCCCAGUUGGAAGACGGAGGUACAGAGUAUGUAAUCGCCACCACUAAACUCAUGAACGGGGCCAGCUGGAUAGAGUCGCUAAUGGAAAAACCUUUCUAGGGCAUUCAAAGUACACCUACCAGUGAACUACAGAAUAAACUGCUCCUUUGAAGAAGUUGCUGGAAGGAAGUGCAACCCUAUGGAGGAAUAACACGAGAAUAUAGAAGUUACUCUGGGGUCAGCUUCUUAAAUUAUGCUGUUUUCUCCUUUCUGCUUCUCUUUUGUCUUCCUAAUUUCUUAAAGAAAGAAGAAUGGAAGAGAAUCAACUUGUGUAAAAGAAAUACCAGUUUUUAAAUGUUAGGAGCUCAGGAUCUUCAUUAGAGACAUCUGGAGAUAUAUUUAGGAUGGUGGGGCUGGAUGAUCUAUACAGCCACACAAAAGGGGCCAGUUCCAAAACUGCUGUGGCUCUGGUUACAGCUGUGGCUCAGGUUCGUUCCCUGGCCUGGGAAUUUGCAGCCAAAAAAAAGCAGGGACCAAGCAGGCAAGCAGGUAAAAAUGAAAAUCAAAGUGGGAAGUCCAACCCCCAAUAAUAGUGCUGAAUUUCUGGAAGAUGUACCAUGCAUAUGGAAGUGGUUAAAUGUUGAGGGGCCGAGAGUUAACAUUAUGACUGAUUUGAGAUUUCUUUUUCCCGCAGAACAUGACACAUUACAUUCAGUGUCCCCAGUUUCUAUUUUAUCUGGUCGUUAAAGCAAGUUUAUGGUUCUUUCUGGGUAGGUUUUUGUUUUAUUUUGCCAUUUCUGUGGCAUGCAGAAAUUCAUGGGCCAGGGAUUGAACCUGCGCCACAGCAGUGAUAAUGCUGGAUCCUCAACUGCUAAACCACCAGUGAACUCUAGGUUCCUCCUGUUUUUUAGUAUCUUGGUUUUUUUUGGCCACCCCAAGGUGUGUGAAGUGUCUGGGCCAGAGUUCAGAUCUCAGCCAUAGCCAGGACCUACACUGCAGCUGCAGCUACACUGGAUCCUUAACCCACUGUGUGGGGCCAGGGAUGGAACCUAUGUCCCAGAGCUACAGAUUCACCGCCAAUCCUGUUGUGCCACAGCAAGAAUUUCUUCUGUUUUUGUUUUUGUUUUGCUUUUUUUCCCCACUUUUUAGGGCCGCACCCGUGGCAUAUGGAUGUUCAAAGGCUAGGGCUCGAAUCGCAGCUACAGCUUCUGGCCUACACAGCCAUAGCAAUAGGGGAUCUGAGCCACAUCUGUAACCUACACCACAACUCACAGCAACACUGGAUCCCUGACCCACUGAGCAAGGCCAGGGAUCGAACCCACAUCCUGGUGGAUACUAACUAGUUGGGCUCGUUUCUGCUGUGCCGUGACGGGAACUCCCGUUUUUGAUUCCUCUUCUUCUAUAAAGCAAGAGGUGUGGAGGAGUUUCUUUCCCCAGAACAUAGAUAGGUUAAUGAUCUGUCUGAUCAACUAAAUUGGUUGAUCCCAUACUUACCCAGGACUUCUCACAUUGAGGAACAUAAAAUUAGGGAGCAGCUUCCUGAGAAUUUAACUGUUUUUUUAUUUUGUUUUGUUUGUUUGUUUGUUUUGUCUUUUUGCCUUUUCUAGGGUUGCUCCCGCAGCAUAUGGAGAUUCCCAGGCUAGGGGUUGAAUCGGAGCUGUAGCUGCCAGCCUACGCCAGAGACACAGCAUCACGGGAUCCAAGCCACGUCUGUAACCUACACCACAGCUCACGGCAACGCUGGAUCCUUAACCCACUGAGCAAGGCCAGGGAUGAACCACAACUUCAUGGUUCCUAGUCAGAUUCGUUAACCACUGAGCCAUAGCGGGAACUCCCUGAGAAUUUAACUGUUUAAAGAUGCUUUCUUAGUGCACGUGUUAUUGAUUCCAAGACGUUUCAGUUUUCUUCCCUGCCCAUCCUGGGCCUUCCCAUCCAGCUGAUCCUACUGUAAGCAGCGGCAGCUGCAGACACUCCACAUACAGCCUCUCACGUCCAUUUUACUUGAAAACACCCAGUUCCAAUUCAGUCCCUGGUCUGGUGACCUCACCCCCCUCUGGUGCAGCUUGUCUAUACCCUGCAGUCCAGCGACCGUAGCUGCUACCCCUCCCACAGGAGACUGCAAGGCUGUGGACAGGUUGGAAAUCUCCCUCCUGCUCUCUGGAGGAGGUAGGGCCAAGAAGGGGACCAAAUGGAUGGUUUCCAGCAAAGUUAGCUGAUUUCUCCCUCCUUGCCAGGGACUCAGUUAGCAUCCCUUCCCAGGUGUCAUUUCUUUUAUUAACUAGUACCCAUACAUAUUUUCCUCACUUUUCUUCACUAGUGGAAUUCUGUUAGCACACUGCAUAUUGUGAGGGAAGGAGAAAUUCUGUAUUUUGUAAAAAAUCUCAGAGUCCCUGCUGUGGUACAAGGGGAUCAACAGUGUCUCUGCAGCAGCAGGGACACAGGUUCAAUCCCCAGCCUGGCACAGUGGGUCAAGAAUCCGGUGUUGCUGCAGCCAUGGCAUAGGUCACAACUCCAGCAGUUCAGAUCUGAUCCCUGGCCCAGGAACUUAAUAUGCCAUGGGGCAGCCAAAAAAAAAUGGAGUUCCCACUGUGGCACAUCAGGAUCGGUGGUGUCUGUAGAGCACUAGAGUGAAAGUUCGAUCCCUGGCCCAGCACAGUGGGUUCGAGAUCCAGUGCUGUCACAGAUGUGGCUCGCAUCUCAUCCCUGGCCUGGGAACUCUAUAUGCCUCCGGGGAGCCAAAAAAGAAAAAUAAAAAAUCUCUUUAAGAAUGAGGAGUAGCAGAGAGAAUAUUUAAAAGGUUAGCUUCUAAUGGAUUUAACUUGGCUUUGACAUCCAGUAUUUGGAAAGGUCUUAAAGAAAACUCUUCUUAUUUCAGGAAUCCUUUUUCAAAUACUUGCUAUCCCAGGGAGAUUAGCUUAUACCUUCCAACCCCAGCAGUGGUCAGCCUCAGCUGCUUUAGAUAAUGAAAUCUACCUUGUCCCUUGGUGUUUUCAGCUCUUGGGAUUCGAUUCAAGUCCAGUCAAGUCUCCUUGGCGGGGGUUUUGUCCUGUGAACAGAUCCUCAGUUGUGUCUGCAUUCACUCGUGACUCUAUACUUGCUUGCUCGGAGCAGAGUUAGGUCAGCUCCUAAAAAUGCAUUCCACAGAAGACUUCAAAACAUCAAUUGCUUCAUUUGUAUGCAAAUACAAAGUGGUGGAUAAUUAUAUAUUAUACGCCUUUGUGUAAGUUCAUUUAAUACUUGAAGUAGUCUUUGUCUCAAAGGAGUGUGCCCUUACUGAGAAAAAGGGUAUGUGAAUGGUACGUUUAUUCUCAGAGAGGAUGGAUUGUUUACAUCAUGUCUGGACUUUUGUCUAGUUGGGUAGACAGUUCUCCUACACCACAAAAAAGAAGUCUUCAUAGAUAAAGAAGUCUACAUAGGCACUGUUUUGUGUCUUAUCGUACACUUUUGAAUUUUAGCCAACAGAGAAAUAAGCAUUUGAACUUUGUUUAACUGUGGAUCAAGAGACUAAUGGUUGAAAGGAGGAGGAUUAAAAACAACUCAUUUAGUUCUUGAACUGGGAACGGAAGGUCUCUAUGUGAUCGUCCACCACAGCUCUGCCCUCAACUGCAAGUGGGUUAUGGUUAAUCUGACAUGCAGUCUGUUUCUUGCUCUCGCCUGUAACCAGCAGGAAGUGUUUGUAUUCAGCAGAGUUGAACUCAAGAGGAAAUACUUUUAAAAUGCCAGAACGAGGAGUUCCCGUGUGGCUCAGUGGGUUAAGGAGCCAGCGUCACUGCAGCUGCCGUGGCACAGAUUUGAUCCAUGGCCUGGAAACUUCCAUUUGCUGCAGGAAUGGGGCAAAAAAAAAAAAAAAAAUUAAAUACCAGAAUGGGGAGUUCCCAUUUUGGCACAGCAGAAACAAACCCAAUUAGUAUCCAUGAAGAUACAGGUUCAAUCCCUGGCCUUACUCAGUGGGCAUCUGGUGUUGCCAUCAGCUGUAGUGUAGGUCACAGGUUCAGCUCAGAUCCUGUAUUGCUGUCGCUGUGGUGUAAGCUGCCAGCUGUAACUCCGAUUCGACCACUAGCCUGGGAACUUCCAUAUGCUGGGGUACAGCUCUAAUAAAUAAAUAAGUAAAUAAAUAAAUAAAAUACCAGAAUGAACUGCCAGGAAGAGGAGCCAUGAUCAAGAUGGCAAGACAGAAAUACAGGCAUCAAUAGACUGAAUUAUGAACAGACUGAAUUAUACUAUAGAGCCUGGUGUAUUCAGCCAUAUCAUUUGACAAUGAGGUACUAUAGAAAACAGGAUGCCUUUUUGUCGGGCUAACAAUCAGAAAAAGGCAGUAAUGGAGCUCCUGUCGUGGCUCAUCAGUUUCCUGACAUGGUUUCCGAGAAGAUGCAGGUUCAAUCCCUGGCCUCACUCAGUGGGUUAAGGAUCUGGCAUUGCUGCUGCAGUGUAGAUUGCAGAUGUGGCUCGGAUUUGACCCCCAGCCUGGGAAUUUCCAUAUGCUGCCAGUGAAGCUGUAAAAAGAAAAAGCAGUAAUAUAAAAUUUCUGAUUCUCUUAUUUCUAAAUGAAUGCAUGUGAACUUCAAGCUACAUAAUAUUUCUCAGCUUCAGUUAACUCCGCUGCUGUAAAAUACCCCAAACUGGGUGGUGACUAGAGGCUGCAAAGGCUGGAACACAUAACUGCCUUGUGAUAUCCAUUUGAAGGAUGUGAGAGUUAAAGGGGAACAGUAUCAGGGCUAUUUUUAAUAGCCUUCAUCUGUUACUUUGGUGAGGGUAUAAACCUCGCCAUGCUUUCUUUCCCGUGACUUGGCAGGACACAGAACCCUCCAGAUAACCAGUUCUCUGGGGGAGCAAUUACUACUCACUGGCUUCCUGCGCAGCUUGAUAAUGUUCUGCUCCUGUUUUCAGCCCGGCUCCAGCGGGGCAGUGAUUCGAUAAUAAGAGAUCCUGAUCAAAUUAAAGAGCCAUUUGCUCUUCUGGAUGAUGAUGUUGAUAAAAGGGUUGAUGUCCA